AGGAAAUGUGGAUAUUCAAAAAGCUUUAGAUGAACACUACCAUCUUUUACAUGAAUAUAACGCAAUUAAAGAUAUUGGUCAAAUGCUGUUCGGAAAGUGUGCCGAACUUGAUGGUACAACAACAAAAGAAAUAUAUGAGCGAUUUGGAUUAGAACUUGACGAUUAA